UUCUUGAUACAGUAGCUAUGUCAAUUGAACGAUAGUGAUCUUACUCUUAAGUGGUCUCAAUAAAAUCAUAUAUUAUCUUAUAAUUUGUAUAUUAAUUAUUAAUUAUUAUAAUAACUACUUAUUGAAGCAGUAAUUACAAAUAUAGGUAUCAGUAGAUGCAGGAAUUCCAAACAACUAUGGCGAAGAUGACAUCCUCCUUGGUGAUGAUGGCUGUUUUAAUAGGGUACACAGCCGCCCUCAGUAACAACACUUUCCCAGCACACUUCAGUUUUGGAGUAGGAACAUCUGCCUACCAAGUAGAGGGAGACGGAAUGGAAAACAGGGGUGAAAACAUCUGGGAUCAUGCCAUCAAGGCUAAUCCCAAGAUUAUCGAAGACGGCUCCAAUGCUAGUUCUGCUGAUGAAAGCUACACACAUUACGAAGAUGAUUUUAAAGCGUUGGCGCAAAUGGGCAUUACUCACUAUAAACUGUCCAUUUCUUGGUCAAGAAUGAUACCAACAGGAUAUACUGACAACAUUGAUGACAUGUCGAAUGGAACGACACACUACCAGGCACUAAUCAGCGAAUUGGUGAAGCAAAAGAUCACUCCCGUAGUGGUACUUUAUAACUGGGACCUUCCACAGCCCAUCCAAGACUACGGAGGUUGGACCAACGAAAGCAACAUAGACGCUUUUGUUAUGUACGCCAGAAAAGUGUUCAAGUAUUGUUCUGAAGCUAAGUAUUUUAUAACAUUCGAUAAUCCAAGAGCUAUUUGCAAAAAUGGGUACGGAGAUGGUAGUUUGGCUCCAUUUUCAUCAAAUUCCGGGCUUGAUGACUAUGAAUGUGCAAGGGUCUUGCUCAAAGCUCAUGCUGCUGUUUAUAAAGUUUUCAAAGAGGAAUUUGCAAGUAAAAAUGGAGCCAAGAUUUCCAUUGCCCUGGAUGCCUCAUGGUCGAUUCCAGCAUCGAAUAAUGAAGCAGAUAAAGAAGCUGCUGAAAGAAGAAAUCUGUUUGAGUUUGGUCUCUACGCUGAUCCAAUAUUUAAAACUGGCAACUGGCCUCAAGUUGUGAUUGACAGGACUGACCUUCGAAGCAAAGGAGAAGGGGCACAAAAGUCAAGAUUGCCCAUAUUCAACCAAACCGAAAAAGACGCAAUAAAGGGGACAUUUGAUUUUAUGGCGAUCGAAUUCUUUGAUACAAAACUAGUUGCUGACGACACAGAAGCUAAAUUCGAAACAUCCAGCUACGAUAAUGAUCUCAGAGUCAAAACUUCCAAUGAUCCUAAUUGGACUGUUGACGCUGAUGAGCAUGCUAUUGCCCCAGGUAGCCUGAGAAACCUGUUGAAGUAUAUCCGGGACAACUAUAACAAUCCCGAAAUUCUAAUAACAGCUAGUGGGAUAUCAGAUGAUAACGGAACCUACAAUGAUGACCAUAGAGUUGCAUUCUUGGCGGAUCAAUUAUCUGAUGUAGCCGAUGCCAUAAAUGAAGACAAAGUCAAUGUAUUUGGAUACACAUACUGGAGUUUGUUGGACAGUUUUGAGUGGACGAAAGGAAUGAAGCCUCAUUUUGGAUUAUAUGCAGUAAAUUUAGAAUUGGAGACAUCAAGAGUAGAAAAGAAAUCAGCUCAAUACUACGCUCUAGCGAUUAAAGAAAGAAAACCUGUAGAUCCUGCUGACGUUGAAACAACUACCACGUCCACUACCACAGAAGGACACCAAGGCGGCGCUGGAAACAGGUACCAACCUGUGGUUCCAGUUAUCUUCAUAAUUUCACUAAUUUCUUAUGUACUUCAAUAGAAAUUUAAUGUGAUAGUUAAGUUUUUUAGAAUAAUAAUUUCAAAUACCAUGGUUUUUCUUAUAGUUAAAUUAGAGUUAUAUUGGAGUUAUAUUUUUAUAUAAUACAUUAUAAUACCUAAGUGAAAAUUAAAAAAUAUAUAAGAUUGA